AUGAGGCUCUUUUUUUUCUUUCUCUAUUUUCUUUGCUGUGCCACGGGAGGCAAGGCGGCCGACACAGCUGGCAUCUUUGAAACCCUGUUCUACUAUUAUGCCUACCGCAUCGAGUUGAGCGCAUUUCCAGACCAGGGAGACAGGAUGAUUGCCUGGGGAUGCGUGCCCGCCACCGGCACUGUGUGUACUUUCUAUGAAUUUGUGCAGGCUGUCAGGGAUCCAGGAACGACCGCCAUCGAUAUCGAUGCCGCGAACACAAUCCUGCCUCCAGUGGAAGACGCGGAUACGACUUUCGCCGACAUGAGGUUCGUGGGUACAUAUGAGCUAGCGAGUCUCUACAGAGAUGCUGGCAGGUUAAACCAUGUCAAACUGCUGGGCACCAUCACCAAUCGCGUUCAAGAAGCGCGUGAGCAGAUCACCGUCGACUCGGAACUUCUCGCGAAUGCAAAGAAGGGAUUGGAGCUCGCACAAGCCAUGCGGUGGACAGAGAACCUGGUCAAAACCCAAGCGUCCUUUAACGAAAGGUAUCCGGGUGUCAUCCUCUACGAGACCGAAGAAAAGCUGGACAGUGUCACCAUCAAGGUCAUCGACUGGGUCAAAACAGCCGAGGUUCAAGCCUCGCGAAGUAACUCGAAGGCAACAGCCCUCCAGACCAGGUACAAGAAGUGGGGAAGCACCACCCCAGGCUCGGAAUACAGGCACCAUCAGAAUAUACUGCGUGCCUUUGCGAUAAACCGAAAUGUCCUCAAUGCGGUUCCCAGCUGUCGCGCCUAG